AUGGCCAUCGCCAAGCCGGUCUGGCGCGACGUGUUCGGCGGCUUCGUCCCCACAGGCCAGAUCUUCACCGACCCCGCGAUGCUCACGAUCGCGAUCGGCAUCUUGGGCGCCACGGUCAUGCCCCACAAUCUCUACCUCCACUCGGCCGUCAUCCAGACGCGCGCCUUCGAGCGCACCCCCGUCGGCCGGCGGCGCGCGAUCCUGUAUGGCACGCUCGACAGCACGCUUUCCCUGAUGUUUGCGUUCCUGGUCAACGCGGCCAUCGUGAUCCUGGCGGCGGCGGCGUUCUUCUACUCGUCCUACCCCCAUAGGGAAUCCGUGGACAUCACCGACGCCUACAACCUCCUGGCCCCCUCCCUGGGCACCAAGGCGGCCUCCAUCGUGUUUGCAGUCGCCCUGCUGGCCAGCGGCCAGAACAGCACCAUCACCGCCACCCUGGCCGGCCAGGUCGUGCUCGAGGGCUUCCUCGAGCUCCGCAUGCGCCCCUGGCUGCGCCGCCUGCUGACGCGCGGCGCCGCGAUCGUGCCCGCCGCGGCCGUCGCCGCGGCGAUGGGCGACGCGGCGGUCGGCAAGCUGCUGAUCAUUUCGCAGGUCGUGCUGUCGCUGCAGCUGAGCUUUGCGGUGCUGCCGCUGGUGCACUUCACGACGAACCGCAAGUACGUCGGCCGCUACGCCUCGGGGUGGCCGGCCACCGUGGCCGCGUGGCUGGUGGCUGGGGCCAUCGCGGGGCUGAACGUGUACAUGCUCAUCAGGUUCGCCAUGGAUGGCGCAGAGCUGUGA